CCAAGGUGUCCCGCAGCGUCCUGCCCCUCUCUGCUGUCUUCAUUGGCAUGGUCACCUCCAACAACCUCUGCCUCAAGCACGUCGGCGUGGCCUUCUACAACGUGGGGCGCUCCCUCACCACCGUCUUCAACGUGCUGCUCUCCUACCUGCUCCUCAAGCAGACCACCUCCCUCUACGCCCUCCUGGCCUGCGGAGUAAUUGCAGGUGGCUUCUGGCUGGGUGUUGACCAGGAGGGAGAGGAGGGCACUCUGUCGUGGCCAGGUAUAUUCUUUGGGAUCUUAGCAAGCCUGUGUGUCUCGCUCAAUGCCAUCUACACCAAGAAGGUGCUGCCUGUGGUGGAUGGUAGCAUCUGGCGCCUGACCUUCUACAACAACGUCAACGCUUGUGUCCUCUUCUUCCCACUUAUGAUGCUGAUGGGCGAGUUCCGCACCCUCUACCAUUUUGACAAGCUGGGGAGCCCCAGUUUUUGGGGUGUGAUGACCCUGGGGGGAGUGUUUGGCUUUGCCAUUGGGUAUGUCACUGGACUUCAGAUUAAGUUCACUAGCCCACUCACCCACAAUGUGUCUGGGACAGCCAAGGCCUGUGCCCAAACAGUGCUGGCUGUUAUCUACUUUGAGGAGGCAAAGAGCUUCUUGUGGUGGACAAGUAACUUGAUGGUUCUGGGGGGCUCCUUCGCCUACACGUGGGUGAAAGGGCUGGAGAUGAGAAGGGUGCAAGAGGAUCCUAAUGUCAAAAGCAGCGAAAGAAAUGAGACUGGUGUGUAGGCGGCUCCUGCACCUCUGUUUCUGUGCCCAGGGGGUUAACCUUUGGUGCUCCUUUCCUCCUGGGGAGAAGAAGAGCAAGGAGCAGGAAAACAUUCACCCCCAAAGUGUAUGGGGAACUGUGUCAGGAACCAGAGCCAAAGACCUGACUGGAUCACGUUUUAUCCACGGGAUCUCACCCUGUAUCGGUAUUGGGGAGAGCAUGUGUUGUAGAGAGCAAUCAGGUUUUUUGUGAUCUUUUUUUAAAAUGAUGUUGAUAUUGACCUAAUCUGGGCAAUUGGCAUUUCUGGGGGGUGGGCUCAUAGCAGACAAAGACUGGGAUGGGAGCUUUGUGUAGUUAGGGAUCUAGAAUUAAGUGAAUAAAUGCAAUCUGAAGUUACAAAAUCCUGAACCUCCAUGUAAGGAGGAGGCAGGUACCCAGGCUGUUGGGGAUAGAUGCCAGUAAACUG